AUGAUUCUAGAAGCUCGUUCUCCGUGUUCCGUUGUUCAAGGAACUCCUCGACCUUUGAAGCGUAGACAUCCUUCAUUGUCAGAGCUGCCAUUCUUUACUCCUGCAGCAAGUUCUUUUAACCCACCACCGUAUGGGGGAAGCGGGGAGGGUCAACAACGUGGCAGACUCCCUUUAUUCUCUCAUAGUCACUCUGCGGGCAAACCUAUGCACUCUCUCCCGGCCCUAGACCCAUUACCAUCUGAUCCACAUGUUUUGUUCAUUCAUCCACCCUUCACGUCAUUCCCAAAUUCUGAGCUCUUUUCUGAAGGGCUCUCUUAUUCGUUAAUGUCUGCUAAUCCAGACUGGUUCUUGGAUCCAUCCGAUUUUAUUAGCAGUAACACAUCGAAUCUGGCCACGAUGGCUUAUCCUCCCCAGCUGGAACCCCCAAGAGGCUGGUGCCCCGCAAAGCAGAGAAACAUCAAGGUGUCCAGCUCUGAUGGUUGGCCAGAUGGAGAAGAGCCGAGAUUGAGAUGUACAUUUUGUAGGAGGACUUACGCUGGUGUAAAUGCUAAGAGCAUGUGGAGACGCCACGUAUAUGAAAAACAUAAAAUCGCGAUGUCAAAUCGUCGUGAUGGUAGCGAGCGUUACAGAAAUGGACGUGGCACAUGUCGAAAAGCAAAAUUCUCUGACAAAGAGAACGAUGGGGAUGGGACUACCUGCGAGGGAAAGGUGUGCAAAUCCAAAUCAAUAAAUAUGUGCGCAGUUAGAAGUCCACUCGGGUCUUCAACCCCCCCAUCGAUAAAACUGAAGCAACCAUGGCAUUCGCCUGUCACGAGUUCAUCAGGUCAUAAAGAUCGUCACGCUGUAACCCAUCGCGAACAUAUUUUAGAACAACAACCAUCAUGUUCCUCACCCGUUGACACCGCAGUCUGUUGUCCCGACAAUCAAUUCGCAUUAGAGGAUAUGCCAGUGAGACCUUUGUUGUCUGUCGGGACGUUGAGUUCAAUGGAAUCUGUCAAUCCAACUAUUCCUCCUUCACCUUAUAAUCCCCUCCGCACUCCGUCUUUUCGCCAUUCAGCUCCACAGCUUCCAUCUGACCAGCCCUGGCGCUUCCCAAGUCCCAGCCACCCUUUACACUCUCGAAAUCGGGAAUUUUGCUUAAGCACACUCGCCAGAGGGGUGGUUAGCCCAGAGCACCGAGAAUUACCCAUUGUCAGCCAUAACAAAACAUUUGUAAAUGUUUUUAGGAGCCCCAAAGACACCAACGAAAAACGAUUUUCUGAUUACAACAUUUGCGAUAGUAAAUUAAGCUACUCCCUGACGGUUCCCUUGGAAGCAUCCCCUUCACUUUUCCAGUCGCACCAUUCUCCUACUCUACUAGGUCGGGAUGACAUGUCCUCUCGAAGGAUCGAUGAACCUUACAAGGUUUCUCGCGAUGAUCCAUUUACUGGUCCGAAGGAAACAACGAAGGAUAUUGACAUGCCUCAAUCUUGGGAAGUGUCCACUUUGGCCGAUAACGAUAGGAGUGAAACCAUAUAUUUAGCCAGUGAUGAUCCGUUUGGCCGUCUAUAUCGCCCAUGGUUCGACGGUAGUGCAGCCCAGCACAAAGCAAACUGCGUCGGAAAUGUGAGCCCGGAAGUAGGGAGUCCUGUUUUGCGUAAUCCGUGUGGAGGCCAAUGGCACGGUAUUUCUGUUCAAAGGGCGAACCUGUUUAGGAUUGAGGGACAGGAGCAAAAUCAAUGUUACCCACUGUUGUCAGAGAACGGUGCUAUUGAUGCACUCCUUUCCUCCAUGGAAAACAUUGAUGAAACAAGGACUGUCGAUUCCGGAAUUCACGGUGAUGGUGUUCUGGUGGUGCAAUCAGAUUUUGGCAACGAUCAUCGGUUCGGGCAGAAAGCUAAGAAAAUCCGUAAAUUUUAG